CAUCAACAGUGGGAAGGAAGAUGAACACGAAGAAUCUUAGCGAAGGUUUUAUGCGGGUGGUGUCGAAAUGUAACAGUUUUCUUGAUCAAGGAUCACCUUGGCGUACUGCUGUGUCCUCCUCUGACCUACACCCUGAGUUUACAGGUGUUUUCAGACUAACUGAAGCUUCUUCAAGAAAGGAGUGCAGGCCAUUCUUCAUUGAAAACAAGCAAGUUGGUUUAAUACGACCGGACAUCUUAGCUCACCUGAAGCCAUACACGGAUGUUUUCCACAUACCCUACUCUCAAGGGAAUGAUAAUAUCAAGGUCCACCUGAAUCCAUCACUUCAGACAUUUGAAGAGAGAUCGGAGGCAGUGGAGAAGGUGCUGCUGGACCUCAGGGAGAAGGAUGUGUUCAAGACUUUGAGAGGCUGGAGAGAUGAGUAUUUUAACAUUUGGUAUAAGUUCAGUGAGCCUCCCUUAAUGAAGAUGGAGAGGGCAGCAACCUGUCUGUUUGGGGUAAAGCAAUAUGGUGUCCACAUCAAUGGCUGGACGCGCCACCCUACCAAGGGGGUGUGCAUGUGGAUAGCCCGGAGAUCUAAGACAAAACCCACCUGGCCAAACAUGCUGGACAACUUGGCAGCAGGUGGACUGUCAUCAAAACACAACAUUAUGGAGUGUGCCAGGUCUGAAUGCCAGGAGGAAGCCUCUGUGCCAAAUAAUUUACUUGAUAAUCUCAAACCAGUUGGGACUGUGUCAUAUUUCUAUGAAGAUGAGAGGGGUUUGUUCCCAGAGUGUGAGUACAUAAUGGACCUGGAGGUGCCAGAGGACUUCGUUCCUGAGAAUGCUGAUGGAGAGGUGGCAGAGUUUUACCUGUGGACAAUACAGGAGGUGCUAGAGAAGACCAUUACUAGUGAAUUCAAAUCUAAUUCUGCUUUGAUAGCAAUCAACUUCUGCAUACGCCAUGGCUUGAUUAGCCCAGAUGAUGAACCAAACUAUCAGCAAAUAUUAGAGGGCAUGCAUGCAAAGCUGACAUGAGUCGUCCAGCCAUUGGAAAUUAGCUUUUGCAGAUUUGGUGGAGCUACAUGUAUAUAUAUACCACUGUGUUGUCAUCUUGGACAACAAUGCUCAAUUAAAGUAUCUUCUACUGUAAAUUGUUGGACCCUGGUAAAAGAUCAUGAAAUGUGUUUUGUCCACCCUGUCGUUUUUGUAAGCUUGUGCAGGAUAAAUACAGGCCAACUUGUUUGUUUAUGAAACCAGAGCAUGUGUUUAACAAAUAUGUACCAUAAGGAAGUGUAAAGUUUAAAUGUUUAUGGUGAGAGCUACAAAAAAUGGUUGUGGUCACCAUAUCUUUUUAUGUCCGGGGUCUGUUGCUCUUCAUCUACAGAUUAUACUGGAAUGGUUGCCAAAGAUCUGUUUUUGACUCAGUUUCCAAUAUCUGUUAUCAUUUUAAAUGUUUAAAAAGUUUGGAUGCUCAAGCCUCAUUUUGACACAUGCCUACAUAUUGUGUAAAAUACAAAUAAAGACUGCAGAAUUAAUAAAGAUAUAAAUUGGAAUUUGCAUAACCUAUACAAUUUUUAUAUUGGAAAAUGUGUUCAUAGGUUUGGCUAGAACCAAUGAAAAAUCUGUUAAGUAUAUUUCAAGUUAUAAAAUGAUGAUGUGUGAUGAUCUGGUUGCACUUGGCGGGAUUCCCUGCCAAGUUGGAUCGAUCUAUGUAGAAUGAUAGCUUCAUUGGGAAUUAGCCCAUGUACAUUCCUGUAGUGAUGGUAAAAUGAGCAAAUAUAGCUCAUGGUGCGCGUGAUUUAUAAUGAGCUAUGCUGUUAUUGUUCAUGUAGUGAAAAUAUGCCUUUGUUAAUGUUUUCUGGCAAUGGCUGCAUUUGUUUAUAUUUAUAACAAUGAAAGAUUGUUGUGAUAAUUUAUGAUUUUAGGAUGGGAAAACUAGAAGUGUUAUGCUUGAAUGAUUAUUCUUGCAAGGUUUUGUUGAAUGCUACAGACAUGUAUAUGCUCAAGAGUUAAUAGCCAUCUUUUUGGGUAACACAUACAAUGUCAUUAUAUAUAUCAUCGCCGUUAGGUUCCCUUGUGACCCCUACGAUCUCGUCAUAUUCACAUGUUAAAGUCCUAUAACAACAACUGGAAAUUUAAAACAAAUUCAAGUCAAACUGAUGUGAUUAUAUUGAUUAAGGUAUUCUAUUAAGUUAGAAGAAAUGUCUGUUGAAAAAUCCAGUAUGGGCUUUUUUUUCAAAAGGGGAAUUUUUAUUAUAGUAUAUUAUUUAAAGUCGACAUGUACAAGGCCAACCUAUGUAAUUUCAAUAGAUUUAAAUAUUAAUUAUCAUGAACCAUGAUCGAGGCAAUUUUAGAGCAAAGGAAUCGUUUCUAUAUUAUGAAUUCAUGUAGUAUACACCAAUUAAAGCUUGUAUAUUGCAUUUACAAUGUUACGUUACAUUGUAAAUUCUUUAAUUAAAUUAAUUGACAUUUUUCAUAAACCGUUAUUUAUUUUAACGUACUUAAUUUAAUUUAAAGUACGUAAUUUAUUACAGGUGUAUAACUUACUUCCUAUUAUGUAUAACAAUUGAUCUCUUUGUUGAACAAUGGAUAUAUUAAUUGAAAAAUUAGACUGGUUAAUCUUUUAAUGCAGUACAAAUGGCCUGUAUAUCUACAUGUACUACUUAACGCAAUAUAUCCAAAACCCUAAACAUUAUUGAAAUACUGCAUGUUUUUAAUCAUUUAUUGUUAAACAUUUUUCUCUAUUGACAAAUUGUUUAAUAGCCAAGAAUAAUUUUAUCCAUUAGCUUUCACAAAUGAAUCAAUAAAUGAAUGGAUUAAUGAAAUCGAUAUAGGGUGAUCAAACUGGUGCACAUUUUCUUUACACUUUGAAGUAUUGGGUAUUUCAUAAAAUGUAAAUGUUAAAGCGGUGACAACAGAGAUUACAGCGAUGUGCUCAAAGUUUCUACCGUUUGACUCUGCCUUUGACUAACUGUACCAGACCCAACAGCGUUUCGAAU